CAGACAGACAGACAGACAGACAGACAGACAGACAGACAGACAGACAGACAGAGAAAGAGAGAGAGAGAGAGGUGGUUUUUGGGCCACAUGGCUUGGUUGUCAGUGAGAGUGUGUACUGCAACAGACAGACACACAGAGAGCCAAAGUGUGGUCGUGGACCUAAGGACUUCAAGCUUGACCAUCGGAAGACAGACAAGUUGACUGGACCGGAUUAUAUUGGAUUAUUACAUGAUAUCACAUACUGGGAUUGAGAAUUUAUACUGUACUGUACCGUCCAAGUGAAGAAAAGCUCUGACAGAGACUGAAAGUGUCCUCAAAAGAGGAAAAGGUUGGCCGGCUUUUUUGAAUUCAGCAGUUGGAUGUAAAUACUGGAUUUUAUGAAUAUCCAGCAUUCAAAGACUCAAGAAAUACAUAUAUGUGUCGAUCUUCUAAGGAUUCAAAUAUAUAUCAGAGGACUGAAGAAAUAUAUAUGGACACAAGAAAUAUAUGGACUCAGGAAGAUAUUCUGCCUACACAAGAGUGUGUCCUUGUGAUGUGUGUGCACAGUGGACCAAGCUUCUCUAUACACGUGUGAUCCAGAGAGUUUCACCCACGAGGGACGGCUGCGUUUUGACGUGUUUUCUUCGUGACAUACCGUGAGUCACCGACACAUAAAUAGAGACCCAGAAAAUACCCAGAGUCCCUAGCGUCCCGGCACAAACAGCAGAGCGAGAAGCAACCACGCAUGCUCACACACAAACACACCUGGUUCACGAGUCGAUACAUUCAAGACUUGCUUUGUGUUGUCACGUUUUCCACUUCAUCCUACUCCAGUAUUGGACAGACACCCCCUUACCCCACAAACUCUCACCUCUGACCUCUAACCCUUGACCUCUGACCCCUGACCUCUGAACCCUGACUCCUGACUAUGAACCCUCAGGGGGGUCAGUACCUCAACAAGGCGGCGGUCUUCUCCUCGCUUGGCGCCGCCCGCCUCUCCCAGCUGGCCCUGGGCUGCUCGGUGGUUGCCAUGGUGAGCCACAGUGCGGGCUACAGCGGUGGGUCGUACGGCGUGUUCUGCAUGGCGGUGUGGUGCGCGUGCUUCGGCAUGACGACUGUGAUGUUCUUCCUGGACGCCACCCGUCUCCACGCCUGUCUGCCCAUCUCCUGGGAUAACCUGACGGUGGCAUUCGCCGCCCUGGCGACUCUCAUGUAUGUGACAGCCUCGGUGGUUUACCCAGUCUACUUUGUCAGAGCGGAGUGCCCCUACGCAGGCUGUGAGGUCCGGAACUUCCGCAUCGCCGUCACUGUCUGCUCCAUCGCCGGCUCCCUGGCCUACGGCGCCGAGGUGAUCCUCUCACGGGCCAAACCAGGCCGGGUCGUGGGCUACAUGGCAACCGUCUCCGGCCUCCUCAAGGUCGUCCAGGGCUUCGUGGCGUGCAUUCUCUUCGGAGCGCUGGCGAACGGGACCGAGUAUUCUCGUCACGUAGCGACGAUUUACUGCGUGGUCGUCUACGCCGUCUGCUUCGCCAUGACGACCGUCGUGGUUAUAUUGACCGUGUCCGGUCGCACCGGGUGUUUGAAGUUACCGUUCGACCGGUUUGUUGUUGUUUACACGCUCUUGGCGGUUCUUCUCUACCUCAGCGCCUCCGUCGUCUGGCCCGUGUUCUGCUUCGACAGGAAGUACGGAUCGCCAGAGCGCCCGUCGUCAUGCCCGCGGGGCCGGUGUCCGUGGGACAGUAAGGUGGUCGUGGCGGUGUUUAGCUUCGUCAACCUGGCGCUGUACGUCGCCGACCUGGUGUACUCACAACGGAUACGUUUCGUAACCCAGCAACCACGGGUGUAGAACAGAACGGAACGGAACGAAGCGGAACCGAAUGAUACGAACAGAAUAGAAUGGGAUAAAACUUUAUUGUACACCCAGAAGUGAACAUUCACACAAAGACAAUAUGCUUUGUCUUCCACCCCCAACCACUGGUGAGGACUAGAAUAGGAUGAGUAGGUAGAGCUAACUGUUGAGUCAGAGAGUAAGGGACGUCGACUAUUCAUCAAUCAAUCAAUCAAUCAAUCAAAUGUAUUUAUAAAGCCAUUUUUACAUCAGCUGAUGUCACAAAGUGCUCAUACAGAAACUCAGCCUAAUUUUUUAUUUAUUUAUUUCACCUAAAACCCCAAACAGCAAGCAAUG